AUGGUAUCGUUACGGUCUAUCGCGACUGCUAUCGCAGGUGUCGCCCUGUUCUUCGAAACCUCACUAGCGAGCUCAGUUAAGCGCAACGCCGUUAACUAUAUUUCAUUCAUCGACGAGCCUGUUAUUAAUACACCGUCCCACCGAAUCCGUGCUGAUUCGCAUUUCGAUCUCCUAUUCUCACUACACAGCGGACAGGAGAAGAUUCGCCUUCAACUCGAACCUAACCACGAUAUUCUACACGACAACUUCGCCAUUACUUACAUCGGAGCCGAUGGCACUGUACGAUCUGUUGAAACGAUAAAGCGGGAGGACGACAAGGUCUUUAAAGGUUCCGUCUUUAUCCAGCGCAUCGGAAGAGAGGGAUGGACAAAGGCUGGUUGGGCAAGAAUUACGAUUCAUCGCGAUGGCAAAACCCCUGUUUUCGAGGGUACUCUUCGAAUCGACGGCAAUCACCACCAUAUCCAUACCGGUACCAAUUACCAGCAAGUACGACACGAAGAUGACCCUGUUUUGUCAUCCUCGGAAACCAGCGACGAUGUCAUGGUUGUCUGGCGCGAUUCUGAUAUCAUGUCUUUUCAUUCCGAAGAGUUGAAGAAGAGAGAGGCUUCGGCUGCGCUCUGCAACUCCGACACCUUGGGUUUCAACAGCAAGUUUCACGAACUUGAGGGCUUUGAUACAUUUGGCGUCGCAAACUCUAAAUCUCUCUUUGGACGACAAUCCAUCGACACCGGAAACACGGGCGACCAGGGUAGCAGUGUUGACCUACAGUCAACGAUUGGUUCAGUGAACGGCUGCCCGACUAGCCGAAGGGUCGCCCUUCUGGGUCUCGCGACUGACUGUGAAUACACUUCGACUUUCAACUCUUCUGAGGCGCUCCGAAAGAGUGUCAUUAGAAUGGUCAACGAUGCAUCCCAGGUUUACGAGAGCAGCUUUAACAUUACCCUGGGUAUCCAAAACCUCACCAUUAGUGACGCAAACUGCCCCGGCAGCCCAUCCGACACGGCGCCUUGGAACCAAAAGUGUUCUAAAGAUGUGAAUUUGUCAGACCGCUUGAACCUAUUUUCUGCAUGGCGUGGCCAGAACCCAGAUAGCAACGCUUACUGGACACUGCUGAGCAAAUGUAACACGGAUUCUGCGGUUGGUCUUGCCUGGCUAGGUCAACUCUGUCGCCCUGGCGCUUCGGCCAACGCCAACAGUGGAGGCCGAAACGAAACCGUCGCCGGAGCCAACGUCGUCGUUAGAACUUCAGCAGAGUGGCAGGUUUUUGCCCACGAGACAGGCCACACCUUUGGUGCUGUCCACGACUGCACUUCGGCUGCCUGUCCGGUCUCAUCGAACGCGCAGGCAUGCUGCCCUCUGAGCAAAUCGUCAUGCGACGCCAAGGGAGACUUCAUCAUGAACCCCUCCUCUAGACCUGGCAUCAGCGAGUUCUCGCCUUGCAGUAUUGGAAACAUUUGCUCAGGAUUCAGACGCAACGUCAACUCGGAGUGUUUGACUGCAAACAGAAACGUCAAAACCAUUUCGGGCCAGCAGUGUGGUAACGGAAUUGUGGAGGAGGGUGAGGAUUGCGAUUGCGGUGGCGAGGAAAGCUGCGGCAGCAACCCUUGCUGUGAUGCAAAGACGUGCAAGUUCAAGGGUGAUGCUCAGUGCGAUAACUCCAACGAGGAGUGCUGUACCGACGAAUGCAAGUUCGCUUCUUCGGGAAGUGUCUGUCGGUCAAGCACUGGCCCCUGUGAUCCCGAGGAGAAGUGUACAGGAAAGGAUGCGACAUGCCCCAAGGACGAACACAGCGACGACGGCGAAAACUGCGGCGACGGACUUCAAUGCGCCUCGGGCCAGUGUACAUCGCGGGAUGAGCAGUGCCGAGCUAACUAUCAGAAUACCACAGAGUCAUCGAUCGUCAAGGCUUGCUCUAACAGCUGCCUUCUCUCUUGCCAGACCUCAGGCGAUGGUUACUGUCUGCAGCGAAAUCAGAACUUCCUUGACGGCACGCCUUGCGGCGGUGGCGGAGGCAAAUGCCAGAACGGAAACUGCGAAGGAUCAUCGACAUGGAAGGAGAUUGAGAACUGGUUCAGAACCAACAAGAACAUUGCAAUCCCUGUCGGAUGUGUUCUUGCCGGACUUCUGGCCCUGGCUUUCUGUUGUUGCUGCUGGAGCUGUAUUCGACGACGCAUGGCUCGUCGCAAAGCUGCGAAGCGACCAGCCAUGAGCGCCUGGCCAGGAUACCCUCCUCCUCCUCCUGUUCCAGGACAUGGCCCCCCAGGCGGAUACCAAUAUGCACCUAUUGAUCACAACAACAACGGAUGGCAGCAGCAGCAGCAGCGAUCUCGCAGUAUGAGAUAUGCUUAG